UGUUGUCUAUCUACGGCUUACGUUUUCCUAGCUACUUUAAUUUUCUUUUUAAAUAUGGCUACACUAAAUCUUGUUCUAAUGUCAAAUUUUGUUUGUCAAUUCUUUUUGACUUCAUUGUUAGCCGUGUCGAUUCGGCGAAGAGAGCCAGUAUGAAGUUUAAUAAACUGGUAACGUCCUCGAGAAGGAAAAACAGGAAGAGGCAUUUCAGCGCCCCUUCCCACAUCAGACGAGUGCUCAUGUCCUCACCUCUCUCAAAAGAACUCAGACAAAAGUUUAACGUUAAAUCUAUGCCUAUCCGCAAAGACGACGAAGUGCAGGUUGUACGAGGACACUACAAGGGCCAACAGGUUGGCAAAGUAGUUCAAGUGUACAGGAAGAAGUUUGUUGUCUACAUUGAGAGAAUCCAGCGAGAGAAAGCUAAUGGAGCCAGCGCAUAUGUUGGAAUUCACCCCUCAAAGUGUGUAAUUGUAAAGCUAAAAAUGAACAAGGACCGUAAAGCUAUCUUAGAUCGCAGAGCAAAGGGCCGUCUUGCAGCCUUCCAAAAGGACAAAGGCAAAUACACAGAGGAGACAGCAACUGCUAUGGAAGCAUCGUAAAUUUAGAUUUAAGAUUAAAAUGUUAAAAGAA